AUGGGCAAACGAAACGCUAAACAUAAAACUUCGAAAAAGAAGAGCAUGAGCAUCAACCGAUAUGGAGAAAGCGAUGCUGUUUCUGAGUCAAGUAAUGUCCCAAUCGAAUCAGAUGCUGACUACGAAAAUGAUAUUCAAUUGGAAGCUGAGAGAAGAGGUAGGACACCUUAUUCUAGUAGAAGAACACCCAGUAAUUUGACAGCAGACGGAAGACCGCAGUUGACAAAUCAUAAUUUAAACUCGUUGCUGAACCCUAGCUCUCCACGCCACUAUCGUGAAUUCCGUGAAUCGAACAACGGGACCGAUUACUACCCAUUUGAUACACGCAAUCAUGGUUCCUUUGCGCUUGAUAUGGAACGAUUUAGAAUGGAACAAAAUCAACUAGCUGGAGAACAGAGAGCAAAUGACGGUGAUUAUAUCUAUGAUUCCUCUUUUGGUGGAUCGGAAGCGCUGUCAGAUCAUCUGUCUUCUCUUUCCAGUCUCGAUGAUUUGGGGUACUACGACGAAGAUGAUUUGUUCGAAACUAUUAGCCAGGAUGGACAGUGGCCAGACUUGAAGUUACUAGAAGACUUUGUAAAGGAGGAAACUGAAAAACACCAGAAUAAAUAUCUCUCGGAGCAUAGACGGAUAUCCGAGGAUGAACAUGUAACCUUUCACCGUAUUGAUGAUACGGUUCUGCCUACCCAUGAAUUACGUUCUAUCAACGAUGAAGAAGAUCAAAGCUAUGAAAGUGACGACAGAAGCCCGUUGCUUGUAAACAGAAAGGUCAACGAGAUCGAAUCUAUUGAUCUGUUCCGUAAGCAAAAGAUUCCUAGCUACUCUCAAUGGAAUAAUAAUGCUAGGGAUAAGAAAUCAAUAUUGAAUAAUUAUGGAAGCAAUAAAGAUAGAGUACCACCUUUGCAAAGGAAAGUUUCAGCUUCUCAAUCACCAGCGAGAUUGAAGGCUACGAUCGACCCGGAAUUGAAUAGAUUUUCUUACUUCAGACAAAACUUGGAUAAAACGAUACACAGUCCAACUAUUAGUGGAUUACUUAUCGAAGAGCCGGAACUUAUGACUAACAAGUUAAAAGCUGAUGAACUUGUGGGUGGAGGUCUGAAGACUGCACUGCGUAACGUACUGAGGGCAGCCCUGCGUCCACCACCUUCUAACAGGCGUGCUUUGGAAGAGUUAUUUAGACCACUGUAUUAUAGUAGGGACCCGCUACAAGGUACUGCCUUGGCAACUGGAACAAACACCCCAAGACCUAAUAACAGCAAAGAUGUGUCCGAAGCUCCGGCUUCCAGUACAAACUCACUUCGGAAAAUGAGUAACGGUGAACAACAAAAUAGCAGUAACUUACACCCACCACCCUCAACAUCCCAGACUGCACCAGUGGCAACAGGAAGUAACCCAUCAAUUAAUGUAGCCAAUGCUAGUAAUGGAGGCAAUGGAAAAAUUGGCUCCCCAUCAGUCUCAACUGGCUCCAAAUUCAUUUCCCCUAUGACACCUAUUCAUGAACCAUCUGCCCCCGAAGAAGAUGCUGAAAGCUUAGGCUUCGAAAAGGAGGAAACCUACCCAUUCUGGUUGGACAUACUUGAUCCGACAAUAGAUGAAUUGAAAAUCUUGUCUAAGACUUUCGGCAUCCAUCCCUUAACUACGGAAGAUAUUUUCCUUAGAGAAACAAGAGAAAAAGUGGAAACUUUCAAAUCAUAUUACUUUAUUUGUUUCAGAUCUUUCGACGUCAUUCAUGAACGUCGUAAACAGAAGGCUAAGGAGAAUGAUAAAUUAAUGUCCAAACUAAAGGAAGCCUAUGAAAGAGAUGAAGAGAGCGUUUUCGGUAAGAUAUGGAGAAAAUUUUUCAAUAAAAAAGAUGACAAAAGGUACUCCUUAUCUGCGGAGCAUAAAUGGGGAGUAGACAAUUCAAGUGUGAGGUCUAGAGGUAAAAAAUCAAAUGAGGAGAUAUCACCAUUGAACAUGUAUAUGGUUGUCUUCAGAGAUGCAGUCCUCACAUUCCAUUUUUCUGCUACUCCACAUCCUAUUAAUGUUCGUAGAAGAAUUAGAGGAAAUGAUUCCCUUGUCUCAUCUGACUGGAUAUGUUACGCUUUGCUUGAUAAUAUCAUUGAUGGAUUUGCUCCAAUGAUUGAAAGUAUAGAAGUUGAAGUAAAUUCCAUUGAAGAUUCAAUCUUGAAAAUUCAUGGUGGUGACACUGAUAGUGAAGAAGAUACAGACGAUGAUGAAAGUACUAAUCAAGAAUUUAUUGAAAGGAAAUCAUUACGAAGAAAUAACAACUCUAAUAAUAUCUUUUUCAGAAGAAAGAGAACACAAUCCACAGUCGACGCUGAUGGAGUGGGUGGAAGACUCUUUGGUAACUCUGGAAGUAACUACCAGGGAUCUCGUGUGGGAGGUCGCAGGUCUUCGAGAGCGACUACGUCUUCAACUAGUUCAUCAUCCAACUCGUUCAAAAUCAUUGGAUGGAAAAGAAAAGGAGAUAUGUUGCGUAGGAUUGGUGAAUGUAGAAAAAGGGUAAUGUCGCUUAUUCGUCUUUUGGGAUCGAAACCUGGGGUUAUUAAAGGCUUCGGUAUAAGAACAAUGGAAGAUGAUAGAAGAGGUGGUCUUAAGUUAGGGCCAGGCUAUUUAAGUGAUGUCCAAGAUCAUGUCCUCACCAUGGUACAAGCAUUAAAGCAUUGUGAAAAAUUAUCGGCUAGGUUUCACAAGAAUUAUUUGGCUCAACUUAACAUAGAUAUGACACAGGUAAGUAAUGAUACAAAUGAUGUCUUAGGAAAAAUUACCAUUUUGGGAACCAUUGUAUUACCAAUUAAUGUGGUGACAGGACUUUGGGGGAUGAAUUGUAUUGUCCCGGGCCAAGACUCUCCAGGAUUGACAUGGUUUUGGUCCAUUGUGGCUUGUAUGUUCGUCUUUAGUUUGAUUGCCUAUAAUUUUGCUAAGAGAGUUACAGGUUUAUAG